CAGCGCCGCCGGGACCGCCGCCGGUGAACGCCCGCCGUGGGAGGAGCGGCGUCGCGGUGCUUGGUAACCAGGCCGGGAGAAGCGGCGGCCGCCCGGCCCCGCGGGAGAUAACCAAGAUGCACUUCCAGUGGGACUGGCUGUGCUUGGGUGUCCUGAUAAUGAGCUCAGUGACUGCAGGAAUGGAAAAUGAAGAAAAUCUGGAUGCAGAUGUUGAAGUGGAGAAUUUUGACAAGCAGUCCCAAGAAGCUGAUGUUGACAGAGAUAAAUCUUCUAUAGAGGUUGCAUACCAGACUCCAAAGCCAACUGGGGAAGUGUAUUUUACAGAAAGUUUUGAUGAGGGAUUGUCUAGGUGGGUGUUGUCUGUAACUCUGAAAGAAGAUACAGAUGAUAACGUUGCUAAAUAUGAUGGAAGAUGGGAAGUAGAAGAGCUGAAAGAGAACGCAAUGCCUGGAGACAAAGGAUUAGUGUUAAAAUCAGUGGCAAAGUAUCAUGCAAUAUCAGCAAUGCUAACAAAAGCAUUUGUGUUUGAUGAUAAACCUUUGAUUGUUCAGUACGAAGUGAAUUUUCAAAAAGGCAUUGACUGUGGUGGUGCAUAUAUUAAACUCCUCUCCAGUAGCAAUGACUUGAAUCUGGAAUACUUUUUUGACAAAACACCUUACACUAUUAUGUUUGGACCAGAUAAAUGUGGAGAAGAUUACAAGCUGCACUUUAUCUUCAGACAUAAGAAUCCUAAAACUGGAGAAUAUGAUGAAAAACAUGCAGAACGUCCUGAUGUAGACCUAAAAAAAUUCUAUUUGGACAAGAAGACACAUCUAUAUACUCUUGUGCUAAAACCAGAUGAUACAUUUGAAAUACUAAUCGACCAAACAGUUGUCAGUAAAGGAAGUCUUCUUGAGAAUAUGAUUCCUCCAGUAAAUCCUCCCAAGGAAAUAGAGGAUCCUACUGAUAAGAAGCCUGAUGAUUGGGAUGAGAGACCAAAAAUACCUGAUCCAAAUGCUGUCAAACCAGAUGACUGGGAUGAAAAUGAACCUGCCAAAAUAGAAGAUCCUGAUGCUGUUAAGCCUGAGGGGUGGCUUGAUGAUGAACCACAGUAUGUUCCAGACCCUAAUGCAAAAAAACCAAAGGACUGGGAUGAAGAAAUGGAUGGGGAGUGGGAAGCCCCUCAGAUCCCUAAUGCAAAAUGUGAGGCUGCACCUGGCUGUGGAGAGUGGGUGCGUCCCAUGAAGAAUAACCCAAAGUAUAAAGGAAAAUGGAGAGCACCUAUGAUAGAUAAUCCUAACUAUCAGGGAAUCUGGAGCCCUCGGAAAAUACCAAACCCAGACUAUUUUGAAGAUCCUCACCCAUUCAAGAUGACCACUGUCAGUGCUAUUGGUUUAGAACUCUGGUCUAUGACAUCUGAUAUCUACUUUGAUAACUUCAUCAUAUGCUCUGAAAAAGAAGUGGCAGAUCGCUGGGCAGCAGAUAGCUGGGGCUUGAAGAAAUUGGUAGCAAGUGCUAAUGAGCCUGGUAUGUUUAGUCAAUUGGUGACUGCUGCAGAAGAACACCCGUGGCUCUGGGUUCUUUACAUCUUGACUUUAGCUCUCCCUGUUGGUCUAACUGUGUUGUUCUGCUGGCCAGGAAAGAAAUCAGAUGAAUGUAUUGCCUUCAAAAAGCCUGAUAUAUCCAAGCAAAUUACAAAGGGAGAACUAAAAGAGGAGGCGGAGGAGUUCGAAGAUGAUGAACUCGAAGAGGAAAAAGAAAAUGAAGCUCCUGAUGAAGAUGGUAAGAUGAAGAGAAGAGAAAUGGAGGAGACAAAAACAGAGCUUAUAAAGGAUAAUACAAUGAAGAUGGGAAGGGAGGCUCUUGUUUCAGAAGUUGAAGUUGAAGGUGAUGAAGAUAUUUAUGAUGAUGAUGAUGAAAAUGAAGUUCCAGAUGAAGAAGAAAAUGAAGUUCUAGAUGGAAGUCAAGAUGAUGGGUUCAAUAAAUCUGAUUCAGAAGAUGAGAAGAAAGAAGAUGAUGAAGGGAUGGGAGAUCUUCCGCUGAAAUCAGUGCGCAAAAGAAGAGUACGGAAGGACUGAGUUAUGUCCAGCUGGUGUUUGCAGGUCUAGAGACAGUGACAGGAACUUUUGUUGUGCCACUUCAGUGGGCCUGGCAAAUUCCUGAGCUUUGAUGGGAAAAGGGGGGGCUCAUUGCUAUUUAACCUCCUGUUUUAAUUCUCUGACCUCUCUAACCAUCCCAAACUUCCUCAGUUCCCUUUUUAUAAGGAUAAAUGCUAUCUGUGAAGAGUUAGGUGGUACUUCAAAUUCAAAAUAAAAGGGAAAUUACAAGUUGACCAACUGAUUUUUAGGUGAAGAUUCUUAAGAUUUGAAGUUUCUUAGAAAUUAGUAUUAGUUGGAGAUAAACUUACUCUAAAUAUUUUUUUAAAUGAAUGCAUUAUAAUACUUUUGUAGCUCUAGCACAAAACAAGCUGUUUACAGUUUCCAGCUUAAAGAAGAUGGUAGUAUAGAUGUAGCAUCUAUAGCAGUUCCCAUUGCUAUGAGAAAAGGUAUUUUUUUCUGUGCAGAGCUAAAUGCAAUAAUUGUUUUUGUAUGAUGAAUUUGUGCUAGCAACAAUUUUUAUUGUAAAUUAUUUAUUUUAGUUGAUCUUGUUACAUGGGUGGUCACCUGUUCACUUUAGGCAUUGGUUACAGUAAUUUAUUUUCAGGACAUAUUUUAAAAUAGAAUACAAGUGGUAAUUGAUGUGACUUGCUUUACUCUUGAAUGCAGGUAUCCAAUCUGCAGAAGUCAUAUACAGAUGAUUUUUUUCAAACUUUUAUAGUUCUCAUGUUCCAAACCAGAGUGGUAUAACCUGUUUAUAGAAUACUUGCUAAGUGUAUAUUGUCACCUAAAAAUAUUUAUUAAUUCUUGCUUAAUAUGAAAUUUAUUAAUAUAGAUAAGAAUUUUUGAUGGAUUAAGUUUUUUACUAUGUGAGUAACUUGGGCAUUCUCAUAGUUUAAAUAAACUGCUUAUUGUAAAGAAACUUUGUUUCAUUGAAGUUCAGCUGUAUAUUUAACAAUAAAAUUUUAGUCACCAGAAACCUCUUGCUGCUUGGCAGCUGCCUGCAGUAGUAGUAGAAUGUGUAAAUGCCAGCAAAAGUAGUCAUACAUUACAAACCAAGUAGAAAUACAUUAAUUCACAAGGAAUCUAACAGAUUUUCUUGUGCCUGUCAUAAAAUUUGUCCGCUUUAAAAAGAAGUAUUUUCACAGCAGAUUCCAUGGAAGUCUCUAAGAAAUGAAUGCUUAACCCUAAUGAAGAAGCCAAUGUUCUCAAGUGCUUGAAGUGUUCAAAAGUUAAUUAUAUUUGCCUUUUACUUGGUGUGAAUUACAUGGAAAUGGCUCUAGUUUUUUGUUUAA